AUACAGAGACACAAAUGGUCUGCUAUUCUCUAUGUGUGCGAUAAUCUCGCCAUAUUUCCUAAUGAGAGACCCCCUGACCUACGAAACUCUUCCCAAAUCACUCAAAAAGAUGUGACAAAAAGGGAGCUCAGUAAUAUUCUCUUGCACUGGCGUACCCACGAGAUUAGGGAGGAGCAGCUAUUUAUCUGGCCAUACUUUACACCGACCGAUAUACCUCCCCCCGUUAUUCCAUGGGCUACCCACCAUGCUUCAACUCCCGAUCACGAUAAUCCUAUCACGUACCGCAAAUUCACCCCUGGAGAACGCUCGAACCUGUUGAGAGAACUCGCUGCUUCCAUGACUUACCAUUCUGCAUCUCACGUUGGCAACCUACACCGUCUUCUUCAGAAACCGUUGGUCCACGAUCACAAAGAUGACCUGCGCAAAGCAUUAAAGCAGUCUAAUGGGGAUGCCUUGACCUAUGUUUGUGCAGACAUCGACCGACUUCCUGCAAGUAAGUUCAACAAGGAUGUCUUGGUAGACCAAUUGAUGUUAUGG